GUAAAUCACUUUACCAUAGUUGAAGGGUGAUCCGUAUUCUUGCUCUUGCAACUCUCAAGUGAAUCAACCAAGUUGUCAUUUACCAAAACGAUGCAAUUGUCCUUGCCAGAGUUAUCCUAUACGCGUCAGUCGCUGACUGCAUUUGAGCCACCAAUUCGGAAUGAUGGUCGUUCCAUUGACCAGCUACGAGCUCUGUCUGGACAAGUCAACAUUCUGCCCGGAGCUCAUGGAUCAGCUCGUAUAAAAUGGGGAUCUUCAGUAGAGGUUUUAGUUGGAAUUAAGGCAGAUGUUUCGGAUGCAACGAUUCAUGGAGGGGCCUUUGAGGCUUCUGUUGAAGUUUCUCCAGCGGUUACGACUCAGAAUCGGGAAACAGAUCACCUUCCAUCGUCUCUUACAAGCGCCUUACAGGAUGUUUUGGACGCGCUCCCUGUGGGCUAUUUGAAAUUUACACCUUCAAAAGCCUGGAAGAUUCAUGUAGAUGCAAUUGUGAUGCUCUGUACUAUUCCUAAUGAAAACAUUCUUUCCGCGUUGAGUUUAGCUACUUCGCUGGCUCUACAAACAACUAGAAUCCCUAAAAUAUCUACUCCGAACGUUACUGAAAUGGUUUUGGGGAGCAGUAAGUUUGAACCUUCUGAAGAAUAUGAUGUCGAUUCCGAAUGGGAUAAUGCUGUUCCUUUACAAGGUCUAGAAAAUAUAUCUGUUAUCAUCACAGUAAGCAGCGUUGACCAAAUAAUACUCAUAGAUCCUACGGUGGAUGAAGCCAAUGUUGCCCAGGCUACCUAUGCUGUGGGUGUUUUACCUGAUGGCAGUACGUCUUAUACUCGAUCCAUCAGUAUGGGAGGUGGUUAUGCCUCUACCGGAAGAGCCAUAACUACUGAGCGAUAUAUAUCAUUAGUUCAAGUAGCAUCUAUAGCUGGUACGAAAUUGCUAGAUGCUAGUAAAUCUCUUUUGGCAUAUGAAGGAUCUGGUUUUUUUGAUAUUCUUCCAUAAUUUUUCACAUGAUGCUACAUGCUAAACGGAAAAGAAAAAGCAAAAAGUGAAUUUUUUGGGUGGGAACAAUACGACGUAAUUAGAGUCAAUCAUUUUUAGAACAGGUUUUGUAGAUAUACAUACAUACAUAUAUAUUUUUUUAGGUUAUGAUUACUUUUAACAUAGAGUCAAAUACUGGAUUUAAUAUCUUUAUUUAAAAUCGCAAAUACUUUGGCA